AUGGUGGCAGAGGAGGUUAUGGUAAUCCUCUCAGGAGGAGCUCCGUGGGGAUUUAGGCUUCAGGGAGGAGCAGAGCAACAGAAACCACUCCAGGUGGCCAAGGUGAGAAAACGCAGCAAAGCUUGUCGAGCUGGACUCCGGGAAGCAGAUGAGCUUGUAUCGAUCAAUGACAUGCCCUGUAAGGAUCUGUCUCACGCCCAGGCCAUGAGCCUGAUCGACAGCGGCCGAGGAACCCUUCACCUCCGUGUUAAAAGGGCCCCGUGUGGCUUUCAGUCAGUGGUUCUGGUGGGUCGUUCUCCCUCCCCCCGAAUUGAUAAGGAGUACAGAGCUGCCCUCAGAGCUCUGUCUCCCCCCUUAGCCUCCAAACCACCUUACGGGCAUCGGGGCGUCAUGUCCCCGACCGCUGGUCCCGAAUGUUUGACCUCCCCUCCGGACAGUGAGGCGUACUACGGGGAGACGGACAGCGACGCAGACAUGGUGGCGCAGGAGAGACAUCGCAGACAGAAGCGUCGGAGUCCCAGCAGUUCUCCCGCCAAGACGCCCAGCAGGGCCUCACCCGAGGAGGAGGAGGAGGCCUCUGAGAUGAGUGGCUAUGAAAGUGCUCCGGACACAGGCGUGUAUGCCCACAGUCAGAGCUGGUUCAUGUCCGACUCGGCUCUGGAGAGGCUGACAAGCCAGCAGCAGCAGCAGCAGCAGCAGCAGCAGCAGGGUCCUCCAGGUGUAGCGCGUAGAGAGGUGGUCUACCAGCCCACCCAGGCUGAAUGGUCAGCGCAGGCUGAGAUCUCCUCGGAAAACUCAGACCAAAGUCCUCAGGAUGGGCAGGGUGCCGUGGAGGUGGACAGCGGCUUCCAGGAACCACCCACACUCCCUCCGCCGCUGGUGUCUCCAGAGCGGGCUAAGGAAGCCCUAAUGCUGGCCUCCCACAGACAGCUGGUUCCCAUGGUGGGUCCUGUGGACAACCCUGUGGACGAGGAGCUCACAGUCACUUACAAGGACAAAGCAAAGCAAGCAAAGCUCCACAGGAGUGAGAGUGCACAGGACAAACAGGUGAAGGAGGCUCGUUCCAAGUGCCGUACCAUCGCCUCCCUCCUGACCGAUGCCCCCAACCCUCAUUCGAAAGGUGUGCUUAUGUUCAAAAAGCGCAGGCAGCGUGCCAAGAAGUACACACUGACCUGUUUUGGCAGCGUGGACGGAGAGAGCAGCCGAGAGACCGAGGGAGAGGAAGAGGACGACAGCUUCUUCCUCGGCAGCGAGUCAGAGCUUGACGAAGACGCCUUCUCAGGGGCAACAGAUCCCACCUGGGACAGCGGUUACUUAGACGUUCUGGAAAGAAGGUCGUCUGCUUGUGUGGCGUCCAGUGAGCCGACAGAAGGGAGUCCUGGAUUAAGCGCUACCUCUGGGAAAGGGACGCAACUGUUUGAGCAGCAGAGGAAGAGGGCGGAGGAGCACACAUCAGCACCUGUUACUCCCACUACUAACCUCAUGCCUCAGAAGCAACCAGACAUGGCACUAUCUGCCACGUCAAUGACACCGGUAAUGCCAAACUCUCCACACAUGGUCAAUGGGGAACCUGCAUUGGUGAGCAGGACCAGUAUAGUCUUGAGCUCCCCAGGCCAGACGCCUAUGCCACCAAUGUCAUUCACGCAAUCGAUUCCUGCAAUGCCAACUUGUCCGACAGAACAAUCAGAUCCAGCCUCCAGCAACUCUGUGCACAAUAGAACAGCCAGACCCUUUGCCCCGGGUUGUGUGAGUCAUCGGGCAGCUACAGCUCCUGUUGUCUUCAAACCCACCACGCCCAAGAAGGCUCCCCCACAGGCCCAUGCGGUAUCAAUGGCAACAAUACCAUCUCCUUUCACCCCUGCUGGCUCGGAGGUGAAGAGAGCGAUCUCUACCACCUCCCUCUACAUCCCAGCCAGGCCAGCCACUUUCAGUGCUCCUCCUAGUGUCUUCUCUCCAACCUCCUCGGCGGCCUCUGCUCCCUUUUCCCCACAGCAUUCUGUGCCUGCUGCUCCUUUCUGUCCAGCAACUCCCAGCGCCACCCCUCUUUCACCAUCUUCUACAAUACAAGCUCAACCUUUCUCUCCUCCUGUAGCACAAACUAUGCCUUUUAACCCACCCCCUUCCAUGGCCGCUGCUACCCCAUAUCAAACCCCUCCACCACCACCUGCAUCGGGAAUGCCCUUUGCUCCUCCUGCCCCAACAUUUGCCCCUACCUAUGCCCAUGCCCCUGCCCAUGCCCAUGCCCCUGCUCCUACCACAGCAUUUGCCCCUGUCUCUGCUACUGCUGCUGCUCCAGGCCAUACACAUGCCCCUGUACCUCCAGCCUCAAAUAUACAGCCGAAUGCAUCUCACAAAGUGUCCUUCAACCCCUACAUCUCUGUAGCAACCACGGCUCCAGGUCCAACAGUGUCAGCUCCACUGGCCCAGCAGUCGUACCCUCUGGCCAACUCGACUGAGGGCCUCUCCUCUCGAGAACAGAGGAUUUCGGUUCCCGCUUCUCGCACAGGUAUUCUGCAGGAGGCUCGGCGUCGAGGUACCAAGAAACCCAUGUUCAGCCAACAAGAAGAGAAGAAGACCAACUCUCCCAACCCCGAGCUUCUGUCUCUGGUACAAAACCUGGAUGAGAGGCCCCGGUCGGGGCCUGGCACAGGGUUAGAGGCUGGCUUUGAAUCUGGUCCCGAGGAGGAUUCCUUGAACCUAGGUGCGGAGGCUUGCAACUUCAUGCAGGCUCAGAGGAGCAGAAUGCCACCGCCGGUGGCCCCCAAACCCGUAAACACGGCUUCUGAGAUACCACAGAUGGGAGGAAAGGGGGCAGAGUUGUUUGCUCGCAGACAGAACCGUAUGGACCGCUAUAUUGUUGAGAAGCAGCCCAAGUCUCCAGCUCAGCCUCGGGAGCCCUCACCGACACCCUCUCUCCCGGCCCACUGGAAAUACUCUCCCAACAUCCGUGCUCCGCCGCCUAUCAACUAUAACCCCCUGCUGUCCCCUUCCUGUCCUCCAGUGGCUCAGCGUGGUACCAAGAUGAAUGAGGCUGCAAGGGUUAAAACAGCAGGUGGGCCACACAAACAAGGUAUAAAGGCUUUGGACUACAUGAGCAGACAGCCCUACCAGCUGAACUCCUCAUUGUUUACCUAUGGGGGUGGAGUCCCUCAGACCAUUUCCACCAAUCAGCAGCAGCAGCAGCAGAAUGGCCCAAGCAUGAUGGGCAGUUCCUUGAACCCGCCCAAGCAGGUUCCAGUCAAAGCUGCUCGUGUGUAUGAGAUAAAGCGCUUCUCCACACCCACCCCAAUGUCUGCACCUACUGCCUUGACACCUACCGUGAUUGUUCCUCGCUCUGCAACUUCACUGGGGGAGUCCCUGUGGCGCUCUGAUGUCGUAUCACCUCCCCCUGUUCCUGUCACUCCUGUGGCUCCUGCACCCUUCUCUCCUCCACCUCCAGCGCCUACUUCUGCCCUACCUGCACUCCCCAAAAUCAGCACUGCCCCUGUUCCAAACGCUGCCCCCAUCCCUAUGCCGGCUCCAGUGCAAGCCUACACCCCAUUUCAGGCUGCCAAGGAGUUUAAGAGUGCUCCAGAGUUGAGCCCCUUGUCCCAGUCUGGAUCACACUCUGCUGUCUAUGGGAGCAACCAGAGCCUGAGAGUUCCCAGGCCCCGCUUUAGUACUUCCAGUAUGGGACUCCAACCUAACGUGUGGAGGCCUGGCUCCAUGCUCUACUGA